UUAACGUAACCCUAGGUCCAUAGUGUCGUUUUUUUCACUCUCUGGUCUCUGCAUAUACCCUCUCGAAUCUCCGGCGGCGAACGGCCGGAGCUGAAAAUUUGCUGCGAAUCGAGGAGUUAUUAUGGCGGGAGAUUGCAACGGAAGAAGGCGGCAGAGGCCGAACAUACUGAUCACCGGGACCCCUGGGACCGGUAAAUCGACGACGGCUUCUGCUUUGGCUGAGGCCACGAAUCUCCGGCAUAUAUGCAUCGGAGAUUUGGUGAAAGAGAAGAACCUGCAUAGUGGAUGGGACGAUGAGCUCGAGUGUUAUAUCAUCGAUGAAGACCUGGUAUGUGAUGAACUUGAAGAUGUAAUGGAAGGAGGAGGGAACAUUGUUGACUAUCACGGCUGUGACUUCUUUCCCGAACGAUGGUUUGAUCGGGUCGUGGUGCUUCAAACAGAGAAUUCCAUCUUGUACGACCGGUUAACUAAGAGCAGAGGCUAUUCGGGAACCAAGCUCACGAACAACAUAGAGUGUGAGAUCUUUCAAGUCCUAUUAGACGAAGCAAGAGACAGUUACCGAGAAGAGAUUGUUGUGGCGCUUCAAAGUAAUACCAUCGAAGAUAUAUCUAAUAAUGUCACGAGUUUGACGGAUUGGAUUCGAACAUGGCAGCCCUGAUCGUGAUCAUCUUGGUAUAAUUAUGGGUUUAUUGCAUAAUUUACCGUUCUUGUAGUUUCAUAAUGGUUCAUGCUCUUAAAGCUCCCAACUUUGAUGCUCUAUAUAACAGUUCCCCUUUUGUUCAUCAUUCCAUGGUUCCUUCUGAUAAA